UCGUGGGAGUUGAGAGGUUUAAGAUCCUCGGCAGCCAACCCUUCUUACUUCCUCUUCUCUGUCUACUUUCUAGGGCUCAAACUUCUUCUUCGCUCUCUGUACUUCCUCCUUUCAGAAUCCGAUACCCCCAUGGAUUUUCGGACCAAUGACCCCAACCUCGAAGGCGAAGCUCAGGACAAUAACCAGCCAGACCACAGACACGAGACGGCGGAGGAUGACGACUACGGCAGGUCCCAGCCUCAAACUGGCGACGGCGCCAGCCCCGGCGCAAUUUAUAAAGUAUUUUGGUGCGUACGGUGAGAUUAUAGAUUCGGUGAUAAUGAAGGACCGGAAGACGGGGCAACCCCGUGGUUUCGGGUUUGUGACGUAUGCAGACCCCUCUGUGGUUGAUAGAGUCAUUGAGGAGACUCAUGUUAUCAAUGGCAAACAAGUCGAAAUCAAGCGAACAAUACCCCGGGGAGCAAUGGGGUCUAAGGAUUUCAAGACUAAGAAGAUAUUUGUGGGUGGAAUUCCAACAACCGUAAAUGAAGAGGAGUUUAGCGACUUCUUUUCACAGUACGGAGAGGUUAAGGAACAUCAGAUUAUGCGGGACCACUCCACCGGUCGCUCCCGUGGAUUUGGAUUUGUCACCUUUGACACAGAUCAAGCGGUUGAUGAACUCUUGGACAAGGGGAACAAGCUUGAUUUUGCUGGAGCUCAGGUGGAGAUAAAAAAGGCAGAGCCAAAGAAGCCAAACCAACCUGCACCACCAUCGAAACGUUAUAAUGAUUCUAGACCUGCAUAUGGUGGUGGGUAUGGAGAAAGCUAUGGUGGAUAUGGAAGUGGCAGUUAUGGUGGUGCUGGUGCUUAUAGGUCAGCUGCUGCCUAUGGUGGUAGAGGGAGUGCUUAUGGAGGAUAUGGUGGCAGUGAAUUUGGCGGAUAUGGAGUAUAUGGCGGUGGCAGUGGUGGUGGUGGUAUAGGGGCUUAUAGGGGAGAAUCCUCCAUGGGAUAUUCAGGCCGUUACGGAGGAGCCUACAGCAGAGGUUAUGAUAUAGGAGGUGGUUAUGGUGGAGCUGGCGAGAGUUAUGGGGGAUAUGGAGGUGCUGGCGGGGCAGCUGGUGGCGGUGGUUAUGGGAGUGGCUAUGAUGCAGGUUUUGGAGGUGGCUACGGAGGUGGUAGUGGAGCUUCCUUUUACGGUAGUAGAGGAGGGGGAUAUGGUGGUGCAGGUAGUGGUCGAUAUCAUCCAUAUGGGAGGUAGGAGGUUUGUUGUAUCACAGGACGAACGAACUCUGCAGCCAAAAAAUGAGAACCUAACCUUGUAGCUCUUGCCUUCCAAGUCUACAGGCUUAUGUUUUCAGUUUCUUUCGUGGUCUCAUUUCGCUCUCUCGUUCGGUCUUUUGCACCGCCGGCAAUGGAGCCCGGGCAACCUUGUGUCAAAGAUGUUCCAUAUAAUUGUUUGUCGAAUUCUUUUUAUUUCUUUGCUGCCCUUUUUUGUACGGGGACUGUGAGAUUAAAGGGACCUGGCAAUCGACAUUAACGGUCUGCACAUUGGUGCAGAUGUUUGCAUUCCCGCACUGCUUUUUAUUCCUUGUGACGGCAUAGAGAUAGUGCCAUAAGUUAUUUUCUUCAGUUAUUUUUCGCAAAA